AUGAACUUCAGAGUCCGGUUAGAGAACCAGGUCCCGGGUGAUGGGGGACGGAGCCGGCUGUGCUCCGUGUGGCUCGGCUCAGAGACCGGGAUCCUGAAGGGGGUCAGUCUGAGCCGCCUCCAGGCCUUCAACUUCUGCAACACGAGCCGCCUGAGUCGCGACCAGGAGGUCCGGGUCCUGGCCUGGUCCGACCCGGCGGAGAGCGAGCUGCUGGUGGGCUCCGUGGACGGAACCGUGAGCUUCAGCACCGAGAAGGGAGCCUUCAUCGAGAGCCGGAGCUACGGAGACCCCGGCGGAGGGCUGCUUCAGCGGCCUGGCGGCGCUCACGCUUCCUCGCUGGUCCCUGCACGGAGAGCGGAAGCGGUCCGGGUCUGGAGGGAGGCCGCGGGGGAGCCGGUGACCGAGCUGUCGCCGGGAAGAAUGUAGGCCAGGAUGCGACGAGGGAGCCCCGGUGCAGCCGGAACAAGAGUGGCCACCGGAGGGAAGGAGAACGGGCCUGAAGAUCUGGACCUGGAGAGGCCGGAGACCCCGCUGUUCUCCGCCAAGAACCUCCGGGACGACUGGCUGGACCUCCGGAGGCCCCACUGGGUCGGGACGUGGGCCUUCAUCCCGGAGUCCCCGACAAAGUGGUUGACCUGCACCGGAUACCACCAGGUCCACGUGUUCGACCCCUCGUCCCCCCAGCGGCGUCCCGUCCUGGAGGCGGAGUACGGAGAGUUCCCUCUGACCGCCCUGUCGCUGCCGGCCGGCGGCUCCACGGUGGCGGUGGGAAACACCCAGGGACAGAUCGCCCUGCUGGACCUGAGGAAGGGGCUGGUCCGGGGUGUCCUCAAGGGGCGCGGGGGUGUUCGGGGGCUGCAGUGUCACCCCACCCGGCCUCUGCUGGCCUCCUGCGGCCUCGACCGCUUCCUCCGGAUCCACGGCCUGGAGGACCGGAAGCUGCAGCACAAAGUUUACCUCAAGUCCCGACUCAACUGCCUCCUGCUGGCCGGACGGCUGGAGGACGGGGGGACGGGGGACAUGGGGGAGGACGGGGAGGAGACGGAGGUGAAGGAGGAGGAGGACGAGGUCUGGGACAACAUGGAGCAGGUGGAGGAGGACAAGGCCAAGAGAAAAAACACAGAAGAAGAAGAGGAAACACAGAAGAAGAAGAGGAAGAAGAAAGACUGAGAGGCGUUUAAGGACUGAGCAGAGCGUGGGAUGUUUGGUCUCCGGCAGCCACAGACUAAAAAAACAAACUGUUUCAAAUGUGUGAGACUUUACAGACGUUUUAUUAAUAAAAUGAAUUAAAGAGA